AUGGAAAAGUUUUUAGAGGAUUGGCAAUUAUUAUCUUUGUGGCCUAUUUUUUCAGAACAUGAAUUAAACGAUUUUGAAACCUUCGACGACUACAUGACUUUAAGUAGUCAAGAAGAAAUCAAAGAGUUGAUUCCAAAAGCUGGACUAAAAGUGAAGUUACUGAAAAAAUAUCAGGAACAAAAACAGCUUCAAGUGCUUAAUGUAAGUCAGACUCAAACAACAGUUGCAAGUGACAUAGUACUCGACAUCCCAGCUAGUUUUCCAAGUACUUCUGGGCCAGUUCUUACCGAGGAGGAGGCUAUUUUAUUAAAAUUAAUUUCUACUGAAAACGAUUUGGCUGGAUCACAACAUAAAGUUGUGUUGGAUACCAGCGAGGUAGAUAAUUCCACGCCAGAGUCUGUUAAUGAAGAUCCACCUCUCAAGAAAAGGAAGCUCUCUAGUAUAGAUUACGUAGAUUUGCAAGAAUUGCUCAAUGAUCAUCCUCUAGGACCAUCAGUACUAACUGAAAAAAAUCUGGAAAAGUUGGCGCAGGAUUUUAAAAAAUGUUUCCCGAAUGAGUGUAUAGAAUCUUACUAUAUAGCAUCAGAAUCUAAAAAAAACUCAAAGACAGGUAAACCAAUAGGUGCUAAAGGCAAGCUAGUAAAUUCGUAUAAAAAUAACUGCACCUGGAUUCGAGAAGGGCUUCAGUGGGAAGAAAUUGGCAAAGCGAAAGCUCAAAAAAUCUCUGUCAAUGCAGCUAUUCAUACAGUCACUGAUGUAGAUGAUACAGAAUUGAUAGACAGCAAAGCUUGGUUGGUAACAAACAGAGACAAAGAAAACUUGUUGAUGCAUUGGGAGUUAUGUUAUGAGCAACGGAGAAAGGAAAUAAACUCCAAUAAAUUUAAAGGAAUUACCGAAAUUUUUGAAGAUUGGCCAGUAUUGAAAGAAAAUAUCGGAUGCGAAUUGAUUGAAAUAGAUUUUGAAAAAUUAUUUGGUACAAUUAAUUUUGCUGCUCAAUGGGAAAAUUACUUUAAAAAAACUGUUAAGUUUUUUCAAAAGAAAUCCAAAAAUUUAAUUAUCGAGGAAUUAGAGUUACUUGAUCAGCCAAAUUUAAGUGAAGAUAGUAUUCAUAUCUUGCAAGCUAAAAUUUUAAUCUUCUUACUUGCUCCAAAAUCUAAUAAAGCGAUAAUUAAAUCUGCAAAAAACAACGGUGGUUUUUGGCGACCUGACGCAAAGGAAGCUCAAGCAGAUGUCUUUGUUCACGUGAAGAUUGCAGGAGACAUCGAGAAGGUCGUCCGAAAAAAAAGUAGAAAAUAUGGUAAACUUGGUCUUCAUAUGCAGCCGUUUAUAAUUAUAGUUGGACAAGAUUUACAAUCAAUAACUAAGUUUUACGUACGAGUUGAUUCGGUCCAAUAUGAAGUUGAAAGUUUUUUGAAGUGUCUUGAAAUUAUACAAAAGUUAUCACUUAUAUUUAAAGUGUCAUAUUCAUUGGCGAGUGAAAACUUUUGGUAUUUCGUUCAAGGAGGUAUAUGUGAGAUUACAACCAAAGAAGAUACUAAAAUACCUUCCGUUUUGGAUCUUAUUAAUAAUCUUGUGGAACAUUUAUCUACUUCUCAUCCCUUAGAACGUUCUUAUAAUUGUUUUAACAAAGAUUGUUUUCGUAAAUUUUUAAACAUCGUUGACUUGAAAUCUCAUAUUUUUAAAUGUCCUUACUUACAGCAUGAAAAAAAAAAUAACAAUAAUGAUAUGAUUCAAACUAAUAUGUUAACUUUUCUUGGUAAAUUAUACAAUAAUAGCUCUAUUACAAAUUCUGUUGUACAAGAAAUAAUAUCUAAUACUUUAGCUUUAACUGAGGAAAUGAAAAAGUUUUAUUUACAAAAAAUAAUGGCAAUAACACCUCCGGAAACCCACCAACCAUUGAUAAGCCUUUUCAGCCAGAAUAAUUUCGAUUAUCUGAGUACUGAGUGUAAGCGAAUGACGUAUUUCAAGUCCUUGAAUGUUUAUAUUCCUCCGGAAAAAGUAAUCAUCAGUGAAAUUAGUGAUGAUAAGAAAGUCAAUGGAUCAACUAUGAGAACCACAAAGACGUGUUAUGCCCAAUUUGCUUCGAUGACAGAGGGAUUGAAAUAUUUUUUUGAAUUACCUAAUGUCCUGCAAGAAGUUCUCAAAUAUAUGAAUGAGGAAGUAACAAAAACUCAUUACAAUAAUUGCUAUACUAGUUUGUUCCAAGGAACAAUUUGGCAACAAGUUGCUAAACAAUAUGUUGGUAAAAUUGUUAUUCCUUAUUAUAUUUAUUAUGAUGAGUUUGGCGUUGGAGAUCCUUUUACUCCUGCUGCGACUCUACACAAAAUGGGUGGGCUUUACUAUUCAAUUGCUUCUUUGCCACCAAAAUAUGCUUCUACUGUGGAUAACGUUCUAUUGGCUCAAUUAACAUAUUACUCUGAUUAUAAAGAAUUUAAAAAUGCCAAGUGUUUUUGCAGAUUAAUAAGUGAAUUAAAACAUCUUGCUACAAAAGGAAUCGAGAUAAAAUUUAAUAAUAAGGUUGUGCCUAUUUACUUUGUAUUAUUUGGUGUAUUAGGAGAUAAUUUAGCUGCUAACAGCCUUCUUGGAUUUAGCCAAAGUUUUUCCAGCAAUUAUUUUUGCCGUUUCUGUCGUGCUUCGAAAGAAGAUACAAAGAUAUUAUGUGUUGAAAAUGAACAGCUUAUUCGAAAUAAAAAUAAUUAUGAUGAAGAUGUUAAGUCACAGAGCUAUGGAAUUAAAGAAGAAUGUGUCUUUAAUAGUAUUCCACAUUUUAAUAAUACGCUAAAUUUAACUUGUGACAUAUUGCAUGAUUUUUAUCUGAGCAUAUGUCGUUAUGACAUGGCUAAGAUUAUAAAAUACUUGAUUGACGAGGAAUUUAUAACUCUUGAGGAUCUGAAUGAUCGUCUGAGAUAUUUUGAUUACACUGAGGUCGAUCAUGGCAAUAAAAUUUCUUUUAUCUCUGAGAAGCAUAUCUCUCAAGGAUAUAUUAUAAUUACUGGGGCAGAAAUGUCGUCUUUGGUAACAUAUUUUGGAAUUAUUUUUGGUGACUGUGUUCCUGAAAAAGAUCCUGUAUGGGAAUUUUAUUUACUCUUAUUUGAUUUGAUAAAUCUAGUCACCGCCGACAGUUUUGAUGAACACGAUUUAUCAUCUCUACAAGCUUUAAUUCAAACUCACAAUGAACUUUACAUAAAAUUAUUUCAAGGUAAUUUAACGGCAAAAUUUCAUAUUUUAACUCACUACCCUAGAAUUAUUAAAGCUAUGGGACCAGUGAAAAACUUAUCUUGCUCGAAAUUUGAAUGUUUUCACCAAAAAUUUCGCAAAUAUGCCCAUGUUGUGAAUUCCAGAGUCAAUAUUGGUUAUACUUUAGCGAAUAAAGCACAACUAGAACUAAGCUAUAGAUUUUUAAGCAAAGAAGGAUUUAAAAACUACAUUGAGGUUGGUCAAACUGUUGAUUCUAACUUGGACAUACCGGGGUCUUCAUUAUAUGAAAUUUCAUGGACAAAAGUUAAUGGAAAAAUUUUUAGACCUGGAUAUGCUAUCUACAUUCGGCAAAAUAUUAAUGAUGAUCCGGUAUUCGGGAUUAUUUGUCGUAUAAUUACGAAUAAAGACCAAUGUAUUUAUUUUAUUUACCAAGAAAGUUCUACUAUUGGUUUAUGUAAUCACAUCAAAGGUUUUCUUCUAACUCUACCAAAAGCUAAUGAAAAAUUUCAACUUAUGUACUAUGAUACAAAUUCUUAUAGAAAGCCUCUUAAAAUACAUGUUACAGCGAAUGGGUCCAAUGUAAUUACAUGUAGAGAUUUUAAAUAA